AUGUUAAGCGUAGGUAAACAAUAGAUCUAAGGUUUAUCACUCUUAUUAUUGACUAUCCAAAAAAAUCUUAAGUUUUUACAUCCAGAAUAGGAUUAAUAUUUAGCAGAAGAAGAGAGGACAAGCAAGGCUAGUGGUCUGAGUGAUAUUUAAAGUUAUCCUUUAAUUAUUAUGGGAAAAUGCAAAUUUGAUUAAUUUAUGGUCUAAUUAGAUUUAAAAUUAGUGUAGUUAAUUGAAUGCAAGGAUAUUGAAUUUGCUAAAUAUUUAUGGUUUUAUGAAAAUGUUAUGGUGGAAGUAGAUAGUAUUACAGAAGUGGAGAUAGAUUGA